UUCAGCGCGGAGCAGAUCAGCACCCUGGAGAGCUCCUUCCAGCGGCAGCAGUACCUGGGCGCCGCCGAGCGCCGGCAGCUGGCGGGCAGGAUGCGCCUCUCCGAGGUGCAGAUCAAGACCUGGUUUCAGAACCGGCGGAUGAAGCUGAAGCGGCAGCUGCAGGAGUUGAGGACGGAGCCCUUCUGCAGCCCCGCUCUCCCUUACGGACCUCAGGGCGCUGUGGUGCCCUUGCCGCUCACGUACGUGGCCCGGCCCCCGCCUCUGCCCCCGCAAGGGGCUGCCCCUGAGGGCUUCCCUCUGGCCGCCCUGCCGGCACCCGCCCUGGACCUCAGCAGCGCCUGCAGAGCACAGCCUCUUGGCUUCUGGGCAGCACCCUGCUUUGUAGAGUACCGGGACCCCAGAGCUUUCCUGCUGGGUGUCUGACCCUCUGAUACGAACUCCGACUAAAGAGGAUUUGCACUACUGAUAGGUAUCUGGGCCGCCCUCGUCCGUAACUGCCUGGUGGAGUUAUGAUGCAGCACCGAUCUAAACGUUUACAAAGAUAUGCUGGACAAUCUGAAUCAUGGACUCGAGGCCCUUGCAUUUAUAUUAUUACUGUAAAAUAUAAACGGGGUGGGACAAACAAUAAUAUAAAUGGAAUAUUUGAAUAAACCUAUUUUUUUUCCAGC